AUGGCGAGCAAGAGCGGGGACGUGACGGACGAGGACGACCUGGACGUGGAUGUGGACGCCCAGGCGCGCCUGCAGGCCGUGACGCUGGGCAUGAAGCGCCAGGCGGACGAGCUGCUGCUCGCCAACCAGCUCGACAAGGCGCUCACGCUCUACCGGGAGCUGCUCAUGCACCUCACGCGCUCGCAGGUGGCGCUGCAGCAGCAGAAGGAGCUGGUGAUCUCCUGCCACAUGAACGCGCUGGCGGCGCUGAGCAAGGCCAAGCGCUGGAGCAGCGUCGUGUCCGAGGCCGCGGAGACCUUCGCCGUGCUGGGGGAGCUCAAAGAGGCCCGGGGGGCGGCGGAUCUGCCGCACGACAACCAGCAGAGGGAGAACCAGGUGCUCGCACGCGCGUUCUACUUCCGAGGCUUUGCCUACAUGAAGCUGGGCUCGUUCCAGCCUGCGCAACAAGAUUUCCGACGAGCGAUGGAGCUGAACCCGGAGGACGAAACCAUUCAGAGCGACUACAAGGAGCUGCAGACGGCGCUCCUGGCCGAGCAAAAGGUCAAACAGUUCCUCGCCACGUCCAUGAAGUUCUUCCAAGCGGGCAACUACAAGGCGGCGGUCGAAGCGUGCGUGAGCGCGUUGAGGGAGAGUCAACUGCUCCAGAAGACGGAGCUCACGGGUCUGAUCCAUGGAAACCUCGCGGCUAUCUACGUGAAGAUGAAGGACGAUGCCAAGGCGAUUGAGCACUACAAGCGCACCAUGCUGCUGACUCGCUGUGGUGGCAACCCUACGGCGGCGCAAAACGAGCGGAUGUUUGACAUCCUGGACAGUCUUGCUGGCUGCUACUCGCGCAAACGAGACUACAGCUCGGCGUUAUCAGUGAUUGAAGACCAGACCAAGUUGUUCCCGCUGUGUCCCGACCGGAAAGAUCGCGAGGCGAUGAUGUUUCUGAAUGCUGGACGCAUUUGUUAUACUAUGGGGAGGUGCCCUCAAGCCGAAGAGCGCCUGGAGAAGGGAUACAACGCAGCACGAAAGGUGUCCAACCAAUUGGACGUCGCGCUCAAUUGUGCGUACUGGUUGAGCAAGGCCUACUUGAAAAACAAUAAGGCAGAUAAGGCAAGGGAGACGCUGGAUGUGACGAUCCCGUUGGCUGAGGAGGACGCGGCUGUAGCUUCUACGGGAGAGCUGCUAGAGAAGCUCAUGCUGGCAAGACUCGACCUGCUUGACCCAGACUUCAACAGCUCGGCGACCGAAGGCUCUACCUUCAAGGGUUCUCUGCGGGAGACGCAACUCUGGCAGACCCUUGAGUACUUCGAGGGUAAGCGACAGAUUUGUGGCCAUGUACGAGCUGCAGAAGUGCUGGUUUCUUUCUUGCAAGCCAAGGGAGACCUUGAAAGCGACGAGGGCCACUCGGAGCUUAUGCGCGCGCUAACGCUGGUUCAUUGUGUGAAUAUUGGGAAGCUCUCAACAUCUGAAGCUACGACCUUUACGAAGCUUGCUCUAUUCAAGGUGGAUUUAUUGGCGAGUUCCAACUUUACCGGUCAGCAAGAAGCGAGGGCUUUGCUGGUAAAGCUGUUACGGGAUCUGGAACUACCUGGUGGUGCUGAUCCAUGCUGCCGACAACAACUGCGCGCAAAGGUUUUGUGCAGACUGGUGGAUCUCUUUGAGAGCAGAAGCGAGGGAGAGCUUGAUGAUGAUGAUCGCAAGAUUCUUGAGAACGCGGUUGAUGUGCUACGUGAAGACAAGAUCGCGAACAAACCUAUCCCAAAGACAAAACUAUCGGUUCUACUCCCAAUGGUGGGGCGAUGGAGAGCUGGCCGAGGAGAUAUUGUGGGUGCUGAAGAAGUUCUUGCGGAGAGUGUGGAGCUUUUGCGCGGAACUGAAGACUCGAACAACGAUCGUUUGUGCGAAGCGCUGAUUGGACUUUGCGUGGUGCAGAUCAGACUGGGAAUGGUGGAGGAGGCUGCAAAGGUCGUGGCAGAGAUCGAGUCAUUCUCGAUGGCUCAGAACUCAAAUGAGUUGAAGGUCAUCAAAGACCGGCUAAAUGCUGCUGCCGCCGAGGCACUGAAGAAAAAACAAAAGGAGCUUGACCGCGCAGAGAAGUCUCCGCUGUUUGAAAAGCAACAGUACACUGAUGGCGAAGGCAGCUUCCUCUGUGGGAUCGGCCGGGUAUGGUGGGGGCGGUGGUGUGGACCGCUGAUUGCCUGCGUGGCGGCAGUCGCGAUGGCUUUGAUGUUUGCUUGA